AUGAAAUAACAAAAUGAAAAGGAUGAAUAAUUUGAUCUUAUCAUUGAUGAAAAACUUUCCAGUUAAGAGUAAUCAACAUCUACACAAUCUAAAUAAAGCAAUGCUAAUCUAACUAUGUUAUAAGAGAAUUCUAAAAAAUUUAAAUUAAAAAGAACUCAAAGUACUUAUAACUAUAAUUUAAAAGAAAGUUUGCUUCAACUUAAUCCAAUUCAUCCAUAAAGAAGAGGAUCUCAAUCAUGUGUUGAACCAAUUUAAGUCAUUUAAGAAGAAGUAAUAAUUCAAUUUAUAUGAUUUAUUAAAUAGUGUCAUAAAAUUGGGAAACCCAAUCUCUAUACAGUUUUUUGGUAUGAUGAGAAUAUUGAUAAUAAAUAUGAAAUUAUUGUAUUAGCACCAUAAGAUACUUUGAUAUCUGAUUUUAUUGCUUUAGUUAUAAAAGAAUUCAAUAUGCAACAUGAUUAUAUUCAUUCUCCAUUUACUGAUGAUGGAUCACUUAUUUAUGAAUUGUACAUUCCUAAAAAAAAGAGUGGAAAACCCAAUGAAGAUUAUCCAGGUAAAUUUUAUUUUAAUAUUCUCUAAAGCUUUAUCUAAUAAUACUUAAUUAAGUUAAACAAAUCUUACUUAAUUUGCUUUCAAAGUAACAAAAAUUGAUUCUCAUUAUGUCAGUUCAAUCACAAAAUAAAGUUAAAAUGUUUAGGUAUCAAUGACAAAAUUUAAAGAUUAAAAUGCAGGGGAUGAAAAGUCCUUCUGGUUCAAAUUAUUCUUUUGUUGUAAUUUUGAUAUCUGA